UGGACAACACCCUUAACUGUCUCUACCAUCUUAAGAAGUAAUCCUGAAUUAUUACCAACUUCAUGACGUAAAAUCCUUCUGUUUCUCGGCCUCUCAUCUUCUCAAUUCAUGCAAUUAUAAGAAUAUAUUACAAUCAACCAGACCAUUUUUCCAGAUUCUUCUUGCAAUUUUCCUAAUGGGAAAUAAAGUCGCAACAUUUACAGAGGAACAACUGGAAGAUUAUCAAGACUGCACAUUUUUCACUCGAAAAGAAAUAUUAACUGUUUUCAAAAGGUAUAGAGAAUUAGACCCUCAGCGAGUUCCUCAAGUAAUGACUGGUGAAGAAGCUCAUGAAGUAACUGUACCCUUAGAAAAAGUAGAAAAAAUGCCUGAACUAAAAGAAAAUCCUUUCAGACAGAGGAUUUGUAAAGUGUUCUCAAACGAUGGAAGCGGAAAUUUGACGUUUGAUGAUUUUUUAGACAUGUUUUCUGUCUUCAGCGAACAGGCUCCACGCAAUGUCAAGCAAGUUUACGCAUUUAAAAUCUAUGAUUACGAUGGAGAUCAGUUUAUAGGAACAAAAGAUCUCGAACAAGCAGUUACAGCUCUCACAAGAGGCGAACUGAACGAUGAAGACAUUUCCAUUGUAGUUGAAAAGGUUUUAGAUGAAGGGGAUUUAGAUGAUGAUGGAAAACUUUCUUUCAUGGAAUUCGAAGCAGUGAUUUCAAAAGCUCCUGAUUUUCUAGGAACUUUUCACAUUAGAAUUUGAGAAGAUUAUGAAUUUAUCAGACUUCUGAGGAGGAAUUUAUUAAUAAGAUUAUCAAAACCAAUUAUUUUAGAAUGGAAAAGAAUGCUCUGAAAGAAUCAAGUUAAUGCCAGGAUUAAAAGUUAACUAUAUCCUUCCACUUGGCAGGCAUGAAGAAUUAACUGAAAAUGUUUUUAUUAAGAUUAACGUUUAGAAGAAUCUGUAUUUUCGAAGAAAUGGAAACUGAGAUGAAAGUUUAAAACUUGCUAUUGAAAUAUUACGCAAAAUAUCCAUUACGAUGUCCAAUUUUGUUAAGCAGACUUAAAAUAGAAAUCAAGGAAAAGUGUGAAAAUAGAAGAAACAAAAAAUUGUUUAAAAAUUAACUGCAUCCAAAAAAGAAAAUGAUCAUUUAACUCAAUUUAUAUUUUUCUAUCCAUGUUUGUUUUACAUUUUCUGUUUUUCUGCACUUUGUUUAAUUUUCUCCUCCAUUAUUAAUGUUGUAUGGUGUAAAUAAAAUAUUUUUAUGUUUG